UUAAACUAAAGUGAUAGUUAAGUGUUCUUGAAAAUAGUGACUAGUGAAAAAAAAAUACAGUGCUAUUCUUGAGUGCUGCAGCAAUUUAAAAAAAAAACUUUAAAAAGUUUGAAAAAAACUUUGAAAAGUAGUUAAACUUCGUAAAUAAAAGUCCCCUGAGUUUCAUAACCAUCAAAACACAAACUACUAUAACAAGUUUAUCAUUUUCAAAACAAAAAUAACAACAGAAUAACAAAAUAGUGACUAAAUUAAUUAAAUAAGUGAUUAAUUGACUAGGAAACGGUGCCAAGUCGCCAUGUUGAAUUCAGUGUGUACACCGCUAGCGCGCCAGACGGCCGUGUUCCGAACGGCUUCUCAAAUUUCAAAUUUGGAAUUCUGGCUCGGAGUCGUCCUCAUACUGGCGGCUUGUGAAAUGGACCUAAUAUAUUUCCAUUUAUGGAACAGUUUCAAUAUGUUUUUCUAGACAUUUCAAAUAUCUCACAUAUUUUUUACGAAUAAAAUAAAUAUUUGAGCUGUGACAUAGUUGUUUAUGUUAAAUGUGUUAGUUUUAAGAGUUUUGAGCGAAUCAAAUCGUUUAAAUGUGUUAGUGAUGGUGUAAAGGAUUGAUAGUGCAACUUUAAAGUGUGACAGAACUCUUCACGCAAAUGCGAGAGCCUUCUCCCGGGGCCCCGAGCCCCAGGUCUUCCAGCAGCUCGCUCCACGUCACCAAGAACACCGGCUUCCAGCUCCAGAAUGAACAACUACCGUGGCAGACACCUUCUAUAUCUCUACCGGGCAAUUGCAGCAGUAACCUAGCUGGCGAGCCUUCCCCCCUAGUGAGAAGCACGAGCAACGCCUCUGCUCUCACUUCCCUCUGCGCUGAUCUUUCCCCUUCCGACUCACAUUUCUUUGAGGUGUUAUACAUAGGGAAAGUCCGGAUAUCGCAGCGGAAGGUUCCCGAGUCGCUCAUAGAUGACGCUUUAAUCAAAUUCGCUCAGCAUGAGGCAGACAAGGCGAAGAAUCAACGGCGACACAGCCUGUUGUCGUCCAAUGGGACCUCAAUCUACAGCGAUUCUACAGAAAACUUAAAUGAAAAAAAGACUGAAUCAACGGACAAGAAAACAAGCGUGUCAUUAUCAAACACCCCUCUAGAACCUGACAAAUCUCUGUCCUGGAAAAGCAAUGAAAAUCUACCUGACAUUGUAAAAACAGACAACACAGACUUAGACCAAGAAUUCGAGAAAUUUACUAAAGAAAGAGUCAAUGGAAGGAAAGCUGAUAUAGUACUUAAUGUACCUAAUUUAGGUACAGUAGCAGAAGAUGAAGAAAAACAUGAAGAAAUCAGAUCAAUUAUAUCUGAAACAGCUUCUUCUAUAACUCAAUUCUGUCAAACGAAUUUCUUAAAAGAAGAAGAUAGAAAAUUAGUUAAUACUAGUUCAAUUAAUCCAAUAGAUGUUAAAACUAAUCAGAGGAAUAAAUUAGAUUUAAAACUUAAUUUAGUAGAAAAAGGUGUGGUUAUUAAAAAAUCGGAUAGCUCAACUAAUAUAACUUUUGAAGAAACGAAAUCGGGAAGGAAGAAUGAAGAAGGUAGUAAUUCAGGAAUGCCGGAGAAUAAAUCGUUUUUAAGAGACCGGUCUGCGUCGAUAGGAACUAUUAGUUUGAAGACGCCAAUAGCACAAGUUAUAGGGGAGCAAAAUAGGACAAUGCUGUUUCAAGUAGGCCGCUCGGAACUUCGCCUCAUCAGCCCUGAUCGAAAGCAGAUUCUCUUGCACCGUGCCUUCAAAGAUGUCGCUAGUUGCGUCAUCGGGAGACACAAUAAGGACCACUUUGGCUUCGUGUGUCGAGAGACCAAUGAGAGCUAUGCGGCUUACGUCUUCAAGUGUGAGAGCGAUUCUGUCGCCUUGGAGGUUGUCAAUGCGAUCAAGCAAGCGUUCGUGGCACAUGCCGAGCUUCUCAAGAAGUCGCGAGAAAAAUCUCCUAACCUGACGUGUGAGCACUGUCCGAUGCUGUGGUACCACAGGCUGUGUCAUGAUGUUGAAGGCAUGAACGAGAAGAAAACGCACGCGUUCAUUCUGCGGCGAAUCGAGCAGUUACCUGAAGAUGAGCAGGAUCUAAUCAUCACUAAAUACCAGGGCGGGACCAACCAUAUGUACGAGGUAAACGAGCACAAUGCGUUCUUAAUGAUGUUAUUGCGAGCCCACUGCGAAGCGAAACAGACCAGGCAUAUACACGACACUGCCGAAAACAGGUCGGAGUUCCUGAACCAAUAUCUAGGUGGCAGCACCAUCUUCAUGAAGGCCCGCCGUUCCCUCUCGAGCGGUUUCGACCAUCUUCUUAAGAGGAAAUCCAGUUUGUCCAAAGAAGAUAUCAUUCCUCACAUUAAGAAGGAGCCAUCCCCACUACCGACUCCUCCAAUACUGGAUACAUCUUCGGAGCCCUCGGUAUCUGAAAUGUUGUCACCUGACCAGACUCGGUGCAAGUCUCUGUCGCCUGCCGUCCUUAACGGAAGUGAACCGCCACCGUCGCCGAAGCCUUCGAACAUGACCCCGCCGGCUGAAGAGGAAGAGGAACUGAAGGAGGAACCUGUCAACUCUCCCAUGAUGGACAUAUUUCUAAAAGUGAGCGACAACCGGCCUGCGCCGACUGAAGCAGGAACUGAACACGACGCCACCUGGCGGCAAGCCAUCUACGAGAAAGUUGUACAACCUACUGACGUGCAGUGCGAAGCCGGUGACCUGACUCCCGCGAAUCUCCUGGGCCUGCCCUCCUCCCGUCCCGGCAGGAGGAGCAGGGAGGAACUCCGGCAUCUGUGGAAGAUGGCCAUAGACCAGACCGUACUCCUCGUCAGGAUGGAGAGAGAAAACGCCAAGCUCAAGAAAAGCGAAGAAACCUCAGCAGUCCGUCGCAUAAAGCUGGAGUACGUGGAGCUAGGCGCAUGUGACACCGGAGUUGUGUCCAUGUGGGACUCGCUUCUAGCUUCCAGGGAUCGCUCGCAGCCGGUGGCUAAAGUGGAUAGACAUAUGUUGACACAGGCUGUUAUACAAGGUGUUCCCCGCAUGAGCCGCGGUCUGGUGUGGUACUUCCUCGCAGAGCAAGCCUGCCUCCGCUCCCCUCCACCGGAUCCGAAGCAGUAUCCGAAAUACCAGACCUCCUACAAGACGCUGUUAGCCGGUCUCACUAAACAUCAGCACGCCAUCCUUAUAGACCUUGGUCGCACCUUCCCCCAGCACUCAUAUUUCGCGUCGGCCCUCGGUCCCGGACAACUCGCCCUCUACAACAUACUGAAAGCCUAUUCCCUUGUAGACCCGGACGUUGGCUACUGCCAGGGUCUUAGCUUCGUCGCUGGAGUACUAUUACUACACACGGAGGAAGCUGAUGCCUUCAUUCUCUUGCGGCACCUCAUGUUCAGACGUGGACUCAGGAAACAGUACUUGCCAGACAUGAGCGCUCUUCAAGUACAGCUAUACCAACUGUCUCGCCUACUCCGCGACCACGAGCCUGAACUCCACGCCAAAUUGGAAUCUCUUGACAUUUCUCCCGCUCUCUACGCCGCGCCGUGGAUGCUGACUCUCUUCACCAGCCAAUUUCCCUUGGGAUUCGUCGUGAGGGUUUUCGACCUAAUCUUCCUGGAGUCCCUCGACAUCGUGUUCUCCGUCUCUCUCGCACUGUUGGCAGCACAUAGAGACGGCCUGAUGUUAUGCGAGAGUUGCGAGGAAGCAGCUGAGUACUUGAAGCAUAAGUUGCCGGAUAUGAACAAGGCGCUUUGCGACCGAGUUAUGAAGAAGGUUCUAACUCUAGACAUUAGCCGUCAGCUUUGCGACUAUGCCGUAGAAUACGCGGUGCUCAGAGAGGAGAUGCCGCGACUGGCGACUCUCACCGAAGACAACCGGCGACUAGUCGCACAGACUAAUCGCAUGUCGGGUGAACUAGACUCUGCCAUGGACGCUAUAACAGCCUACCAGAACAGCCAAGCGCGUCUCGAAUCCAUAAACAAAUCCAUGGAACACCAGCUCACGUUACUAAGUCGGUACAUCGCCGCCCACCACCGGCAAGAUUUGCCCACAGAGGUUAAAAAAAUAGUCCAGAACCAUAACAAAAAAAUAUCCUUCGGCUCCAAAAUAUUCUCGUCAAAAUUCACCUCAAACGAAGAUGAUGAAAACGAUCCGAAAAAGACGUUCAAAACAGGAAUCAGCGCGCCUAAUCUAUUCGCUAAAAUAUCUAGAGAAGACGUAUUCAAUGCUGUUAAGGAGAAAUCCUCACCAGAAUCUGACAAAAAACAAUUUUUAUCUAAGAAAUCGCAAUCCGUAGCAGCUAUUAAACCUUUCCCAUUAAAGAUUCUUGAAGAGAAACCUGAGAAUAAAAGGUCUGACAGUUUGAGAAAUAGUAAUAUACUUACUGAAUCUUUAAAAGAAUUAGGCAAGAAAAACACAGGAUUUUUCGCUAAUACACAUGAACAAAUAAGACAAGAGAGAUUAUUCGAACAGCAGUUGAAACACGAUUUUGAUGAGAACUUAAAGAAAUUAGAUCAAAAGCUAUCUCCGAAGUAUGAUGAAGACUUAAGCAUAUUCCAAAGUAGGAAAAGUAUGUCCUUGAAUUUGAAAGAACCGAAGGAAAAUAAACAGGACAGCGGUUUUGUAACACCCAUGAGCCCAGAAGAUAAGAAAGAAGUUAGAGAAGACACGUGUUCGGUAAUAUCACAUCCUUUGAGCGACUGUGAUGUGGAAAUCAAAUUUGAUGGUCAGUCUACUAAGCUGAAGCAAAUCAGGCCUUUUAGAAUACUGAGCGAAUAAAGUUGUCAUGGUGUCAUAGAGGAAUGUAAGGGACUUGUAACUCCAUACAUCAGUAAAUGCGAGUUAUUUGUAGUGACAUCUAGCGACAAUCACGCGUAAAUUAUCAGUACUCGAUACUAGGGUGUCAACAGUGUCUCGUCUGCCAAAAAUUUAAUAUUAGAACAGUUUACAACUUAUAUUACAAGCAGAAGGAAUUGAAAAGAGAAUACUGAUUGUUACAUUGUAAUAUUAGCUAAAAAUUUGUGAGCAUUAGACUAUUCGUUCUUCGCGACAUCUAUUGACAAGUAGCAGUACUGAUAAUUUAUGCUAGUUGACGCGUGAUUAUCGCUAGACGUCACUUAACUGUUGUAUGGAGUUACCACUCUUCCCUUACUUAGUUCUCUAUGAUAUAUAUUGAUUUUAGCUUGAAGUUUAAAAUGGUUGCAGUU